AUGCCCGGCGUCGUCAUGGACAAUGUCAACAUCGAGGGAUCUAUCCGACGCUCAGGCCUCAAUGACACCAGAAACAGUGCGCCAAGCGCUUUUCACAAUGCCGAUAAAUCUGGUCAACGCACUGUUGUGAAUGGAUCAGCUCACGUCAAUGGCGCACCGAGUGGGCUUGUUAUCUCGAACCAACAUUCAAAAUAUCUUGGAGAUAAGGCAGUGGAAAUCGCGCCAACGGCUCCAUUUGAGCUACCGCACAUCACUCAAGGUUUCUUUCCGUUUGGAACCCUGGUCAAUCGCUCAGUGCAAGAAUGUUGGAACGAUCUCUCGGAGUUGAUUACAGAAUUGGCUGCGAUACAAGUGCCGGCCUUAGGUGGUUCGAUAACGACGCAUGGAAAACCAGCUGGCAACCAUUCGUCGGAAAAUAUACACAAGAAGUUGCGAAUUUUGGACUUCGCUCAUGCCAAGAGGGCCGAGUUCAUCAAACUUCUGGUGCUUUCGCAAUGGAGUCGGCAAGCUGCAGAUGUGAGCAGACUCAUUGACAUCCAAGGAUUCAUUCGCACACGACACCAAUCGUAUGAUGCAGCUCUCCAGUAUGUCGGCGAAGUGAAGCGAGAUCUCGUUCGAGCGCAAGUCGCAAAUCCGGAUUUAAAAACCGCCGUAGAGGUUUUAUCAAAGGGAGGGGUGGCCUCUUUGCCAGAUCUUGGUUACAAACCUCCAACGCCGCUUUCAACACGGGCGACGCUCAAAAAACUACUCAAACUCAAUCGAAUCAUCAGCGUGCGACUAGCACUGCACGACUCAGUGCCGUCUCCAAUGCAAAACUACCGGGUCCAUGAUGGCCGGGUCACAUUCACUGUUUCUGGCGAAUUCGAACUGGAUCUUUCAGUCGCUGAAGAAUUAAAGACAUCACAAUUCUUCUUUGUGGAUAUUCGCUUCCUUUUCUCACCAUCAUCACCCAUUCCGAAAGGACGGAUCUUCAAUGAACUUGAUGGCAAGAUUAACGAUGUGCUUCGUGAUGAUGGUUUGAUGGGAUGUUUCCAACUCCUUCAUGGUCUCGUGCUCACAAAUAAAAUCAACAUACUCUUUAGGCAAUCGGUUGAACUUUCUCGGGGUCUUUGGGCAGAUGCCCUGCGUAUCGAGCUACUACACCGGACACUUGUCGUUCAAUAUUGGCCUCAUAGACCGGGGCCAAAGAGCUGGCUCGAAAUAGGAGUCAAAGGUGGUCAUCGCGGUGGCUGUUCGAGUGACCUUAGGCCCGAAACAUCCCAUCUUGGCUUCCGAUGGAUGCGUGACGGUCAGCAGGUCAGCAGCGAUGCCAUUAGAUUCAACUCGGACGACUUGUCUAUGGAGCUCAUCCUACGAAGUGUCAUCGCAUUACACACAUCACAUCUUCUCUUUGCCGCAUUUAGUACCCUCAAAAAACAUACUCUUUUCUCAAGUCACACAUUAUCACUACAGGCUCAACUAUCACCCACAGAACCUGGAGAUUGUCGCCUUGAUGUUCAACUCACAGUCCCACGUUCUCUUCGGGUUUCCAUUGAACCUAUGUCAGGUUCCAUUACAAUGUGUGGGACUUCCAAUGUGCUGGAACGUCUAGAGUGUGAUCGAGGUCUCUAUAAAUCAUCGACAGAAGAGAUCGUAUCUCGCAUUACCCGAUUACGAUGUGUUACUGCAAUAGAGGAGAUUGAGUCCAGUACGAAAGCACUCGGCCUCGAGCCUGUGAACCAAAGGGCACUGGGGCUUGACCCUCGCAAGCUAUUCCCCCUCGGUGUAAUACGGACCGCUUUCUUCACCCAUCGGCUUUGGAACCGGCAUUGGGUCGCUGCAGCGACCAGCAGCAUGGAUGGUGACCGCUGGUGGCUGGUGCAACUUCGGUCAACUGAGGUAUCCAAAAUGGCACUAUUCCAUGGUGUUGGCGAUCAUACUAUACAUCUUCCACAAGCUCACCUAGUCAGUGAAAUUCUUGUUGCUUCGCAGAUGCGACUCGACUACACAACGUGCGCGGAGCUGGUGCAUGGUCUUACUGGAAUCCUGGCGAUCCAUGCCAAUGCGUCUUACCUGGCAGGCUUGCCAAAUAUGCACUUUUGGCCAUCAUUGAAAGAAUUGCAGUUAGAACCAGAUCUAACUGUUCCGGAGCUCUUAUUCAACUGCAGUUCGUCCACUCUUCCACCUGCUUUCCGGGUCACUUUGCCCUUUGGUAUAAAGAGGCAAUCACAAUUUAAAGAAAUGAUUCGACUAUCUUUUCAUGGAAUCGACAGUCAGAGCCGUUCCGUCAUCAUGGUAGCUCAUGGCACCUUAAAAACUCGCAUCAGAUCCUUGGUCCCACUCGUUUCAAACCCCGAUUCUUCGUUAAUCAUUGAAGACAAGGGUGCUGGUUUCGCACUGCGUUUAGUUGCGCCCGCGGGUCAUUCUGUUGUCGCUGGUCUUUUUGAACGCUUGCACCGACUCGAGUGUGUUCUUUCAAUACUGCAGUCUCUCAUACGGAAGGGAAUGGAACCUCAAUCUUUGUCUUUGUCACGAAUUUCUUUUGCCUACGGGCCUGAGCACAGAUUCUCUGCGUCCUUUGAUCUCAGCACCGACGGGCCUUCCUUGUCUGACCAUCUAGAUGUUGCGGGUGUUCUCUCGAAGACUAAGCCACUAUUCCAACUGAAACUGGCAAUCAAAUUCGAGGGUUCCAGUCCUCAUCGCCGCAUCCAAGAGCCCCUCACGGUGGCUUUGAAUCGGCAGUUCACUGACACCGGUGUUGAAUCAAUCCUUCAACUCUUGGGCACCACGUUCCCUCUCUUGCGGUCAUUGGACCAAAUCACUUCCCAAUCCAAUCAAUUGGAUCUGUCGAUUGUGCAAAUCACAGCACGCAAACCUACUGUUUAUCUGAUACACUACCCUCGAUUGAAGUCUCGUUUCCAUCUGAGCGCAGUGAUGCACCAGGACCGCUUAGUCUGGAUGUUAAGGGAUGCCAACGGAAUGGAUCGUUCUGAUCGUGGCCAGAUCACAGCCGCCAUACAAGAUAAACUCUACCAAUCAAAAGGCGAUGGUUGGACCGGCCUCGGAGAUGGAGUGGUAGCAAGCAUAAACAAGGUUGGAACUCUCAUAUUUGACCUUCAUGCGUGCCUCAGCUCUCCCCAUCUUGAACUCGAUAACAGAGCCGAAGCAAAACCCCCGCAAGUUCCGAAGCAAAUGCAGAUCAAGGGCUCGAUAUCUGCCGCUCCACAGCAAGCCAGGGGGGAUACCGACGUCAUCACGAUUGAUUAG